CCCUAUGGAUUAAGAAAGGGGUGUCACUUAAAUUCAUAUCUGAGUUAAGGCAAGUGAGCGAAUACUUUUGUCAAUAUCGUGUGUAUUGCACCACAAGCUGGCACUUCGAUGUCACAUUUGUCACAGAUGUCACAGAGAGCCAAUACACAAGCCUCCAUUUUAGAAGGGAGAAACGAUAUGGGGAAAAAAAACAAUUGAGCUUUUGCAGCUAUUUUUCCAAAUGUAAUUUCCAAAAGCAACUCUAAUUUAAUUACACAUUUUCUCCCAGUAAUGUAAUGGAGUACAAGUGCAUACAUUUUGUAAUUAGAUUACAUAAUCUGGUCGAUGUAAUCAGUUCUCCCCAACACUGCCCGUGUGGCACAACACGGGGAGUCCGUCCUUUCGCUGUGAUUUCCCAAAUGGUUCCCCCAUGUCCUUCAAAUAAUGCAGAAAUUCACAAGUCAAAUGGGAAAAAUAGUGUCAGAAAGAGAGGAUUUCCCCAGAAAUUACAGAAGAGGAAACAGACAGUGCUGUAACAUGUUCAAGAAAAUGUUGUCUUGUUCCCACGAUAAGGGAAGGUUUGAUGACUAAAUGUAAUCUGGAGAGUCAAAGAACUUCAACAAGAUGGGACAAAGAAAGUUCUGUCAUGAAUGUGACAGUUGCCUCACGCACCCAGAUGGAUAGAAGAUACUAUAAACUCAGGCCACCACCAAAGGGGACUAAUUCUGGACUGGGGAUAUGUAUAUGUGGAUGUAGAAUCGUAAUUUGCACAACAGUACUUGGUUGCAACCUGCGGAGGCGCUGUUGAUUCCGAUCUUAUAAUGUCGAAGUGGCACAAUUGGGAUAUUUAUCAUGGCAUCUUGAAUAGAAACAUACUCUUGGAUUCUGAUAUCGUUAUCAGAAUCAGGCCUCUUUCAAAUGUAGAUAAAAAUCUCAUACGCUUCAAAUAUAAGCGUGCAAAGCUACAACCAAAAGACAUCGUCAAUGGAGCCCUGAUAUGUUAAUUCACCAUCAACACUCUCAGCAAAGGAAAGAUAAGCAAUUGAUGCACGAGUGAAUGUGGAAGGUAUAAUGCAUAACUAUUUGAUGCACUAUUUGAUGAACAACAGUACCUCACUAAGAUUUUAUUCAUACUAACAGAAAUGUAUUAAUAAAAUAAAUAAUUGUUUCAUUUUGAACACGUUUAUUUAACACGAUUGUAUUCACAUAUUGUUGUCAUUGAUUUGCAGACCAAAAUGUAUAUGAAUAUAAAUACUUACCAAAAAAAGAUUAGGCUAACAUUUGAUUUAUACGUCAUUCAGCCAACAGAAUGACGUUUUGUGCAGGAGAAGUAACAUCAAAUUAUCUGUGCUCAAGGGCUACAUUAGAUUUUUUUUAAAGGACAGAUUGGCAAGGUCAUUUGAAGAUGAGGCAGUAAGGAUGUUCUGUAGUUCCCAGAAGACACGGUGACUGCUGGUCAAGAGGGGAAUUUUGCAAACCAGGGUUGCGGGGCUGAGUUGAAACUGUCACCCACAGGGUUCCUGCUGUCUGCAUAUAAAGGAAACCCCGACAACCUUGAAGUGUCUCUACCUAUCAGACAUUGUGCAGUACAUCUCAUUCACGCAACAUGUGUUCCUCCAUUGUAGCUUUCUUGCUGCUCCUUAGCAGGUUUGACCGUCGAGUCCUCGGAGAGCUCGACCAGGACUUCUCCAAGUGCCGUGAUUUCUUUUAUAAGAAAACGCCACCAAAGGUUCUAAACGCGGCGGGACACCAGCCCAUAUGCCAGCGCUUUGAAAACCAGUACCGAUUUGCCAGCUUUUACCACCGUCAGCAUCGCACGCCUUUGUAUUCGGCGUACAUAAUCAGCUCUUCGGAUGGGAAACGUCCCAAUUCCAGCUGGAUGUAUGAGCCACAGUUGACAUUUUCCCACGCUGGCCCGGAAAUGGAACCAUUCGACACACCAGCGGAUCAGAAUGUGAUAGAAAGUCAAGCAGUGCUUCAGGAUUACAAGAAUUCCAACUACACCAAGGGCCAUCUAAAUCCCAGCAUGCACCAGAAGACAAGAGAAGACCGUGUGGCCACGUUCACCCUGACCAAUAUUGUCCCUCAGAGGGCGGGCUCCAAUUCGGGUCCCUGGAAUUCCUUGGAGAAACAAGUGCUAAGGAAGUUCAAGGCCUUCUGUGAAGGCCCCAUGUAUGUGAUCACAGGGGCCAUGCCUUAUGCAAAUGGCACUCGCUGGAUCAGGAACAGGGUGUCUAUUCCUGAGUACAUGUGGUCCGCCUACUGCUGUCCAUCCUAUAAGGCCAAGCUCCCUCGGGAUGUGCGGCCGCUGUUUCCAACGUAUGCCGCUGUUGGCAGAAACGAUUGUGACAGCGGCGAGGAGAUUGUGCCAGUGAACCCCAAAGCGAGGCUCUCGCUGCGGGGCUACGAUGUGAGGAAGAUGCCCCUGGAAACCCUGGAGAGCAUCCUGGCACAAAGGCUGGCCAUGUCCAUCAGUUUGUUUGACGGCCAGUGUCAGUAACUAUGCAUACUGUAAUCAACUGUUUUUUUUUGGUUACUAUCUUUAAUCAAUAAUGUAAUCAAAUUCAUCAUUCUGUUCUGAAUUGCUUAUCCCAAUAUUUUUUGAAUGUAACAUGACUGAAAAUUGCAAUUCGUAUAUUUUUGAUCUUACAAUAAAUCUAAACUGCAA